AUGAAUGUUGAUCGACUAGAUAUACUUGAAAAUACGAUGGUUGCCAAUGAUCAGGUUACAUUGCUACAUUGCCAUUUAACUAUUUAUCUCUCGAUCCCUCGAUGUCUCUGUGUCCAUUCUGGAGAGUUUGUAAAGCAGGGAGGACCGAUCCCUGUUGUUCCCACCGCUGACCUCCAGACCAGAGUCGCUAGUGCUUCUGAGAAGGACAUUGUUCACUCUGGGCUGGCCUAUACCAUGGAGAGAUCUGCCAGGCAAAUCAUGCGUACGGCCAGUAAGUACAACCUGGGUCUGGACCUGCGGACGGCUGCGUACGUCAACGCCAUCGAGAAGGUGUUCAAGGUCUACAACGAGGCCGGCAUUGAGAAAGUGAAGCAUAUCACAGAAGGCUCCUGUCAGAGAAGGACCUGACCUUUAAGAAAGCCUGUGAUAUAGCACUUGGACUCGAGCUUGCCCACAGGGAUACUAUUGAGCUAUCGGGACAUGCAGAACGUCAGAAAGGUGUUCACAAGGUCAGUGAUGCACGUGGUGAAAAAAGCUCACAAAAGUCACACUUUUUUCAGUCCCGUCCUCAAGGUUACACAAGAACAAGGGGAACGGCACCUCAGUACCUCCAGGCUCUGAUCAGGCCCUACACCCAAACAAGGGCACUGCGUUCAUCCACCUCUGGCCUGCUCGCCUC